AUGAAAAAAAUUUACAUAUUGAGGGGAUUGCUUGGUUUGCUGGUCAUUGUCGGUGUAUUGCAGUUUAGUCAUCUGUGGUGGAUUCCAUUGAUGAAGGCUCUUUCUACGCGACUGAAGGAAUCUACUACGACAACAUUGAAUAAUCUUCGAUUAGUAUUGGUUGAUAGUGUUGGAAAAUCCUACGACCAACCACAUCAGGAAGUUUCUAAUGAUGAUGAAAUAAUUAGGGAGGAUGGGGACGAAACAGUGUCAUCAUUAUACAAAAAUUUAAAAUUGCCUACUAUUGAUGCUAAUUCGGAAUCAUAUACACAGCUGGUUCCAUUGGUGCCAACACCAUUUCCUGUGGAGAGUGUUUAUAAUUCGUCCAAAUAUUCGAAAUUGGAAAAUAUGCAACAAUCGGAAUGCUGGUCUUUUACAGAGGAUAUUAUGUAUUCUCAACCACUAGAGAGGAGGGGAGUUAUUCAAAUUCCUGCCAGUGUAACUUCAAAGGAUAUGCUAAACUUGUGGAAAGACUUUUCGCCCUCGGAAGUGAGAGCAGUCCUGACACCAAACAUGAUUGAAUUGAGUGAUGAUAAAACGAUACAGGGUAAAAUGCAUUUGGCUCCAAUUAUUGAAAAUUCACAUAUUCAAGAAACUGAUUUGGAGGAGUUUUAUCGAGAAAAUUAUCCAAUGUUUAAAGUAAUGUCAACAAUUUCGGAUGCUAUGGAUACAACUCUAGAUCGUUGGAAAAGAGAUAUGAAUGAAAAGCAUUUCGUUUUAAAUGCACACAAAUUCAAUGAAAAUCAGAAAGAGGAUCAUUUACCAAUUUGGAUGAGAGCCUAUCAGAGAACUACACCAUUAAAUCAAGUUCUGAAAGCUCUAUGCCAAGUUACAAAUAUUGAGGAAACGAUAUUAAUCGUCACAAUUGAUGGUGACAAGUUUUUGCCAGUUAUUGAGGAAUUAUUGAAGUAUGAUUGUGUCAAGAUGAGAAUUUAUUUUCACUCGUUCAAGCAUACUUCUCAAAAUUUUGUAAAGGACAAGAAAUUAUACGCAAAAGCAAUAAUUAAGCAGAGUUUCAAGUUAUUUGCACAUGCCAGUUAUGGAUUAUAUUUGUGUUUAAUCAAGUUCAAGUAUCCUUAUGUGAUAACAAUUGAGGAUGACAUUAAGCCAUUACCUGAUUUUUACAAUUAUCAUAGAAGCUUGUACAGGUUGACUCUAUCUGAAAAGAGUCCCUUCCUUUCAGUAUUGGUUAGUCCAGGUGGUAUCAAUCUCAUUUGCAAUUUCGUUAACACAUUACUGCAUGAUGCUGGUAUUAUUGAAAAUAUGCCAUAUGAUAGCAUGGGAUUGAAACAUCAAGUGUGUAGUGUUGAUGAUGUUGACCACGUGGUGCCAGAAGUUUAUCAUACCAUUUGGGGAUCUGGAAUUUCCUAUCGAUUAUUCAGAAGAAUGUGGUUUACUUGGUUUAGACUUCCGAAUCGAUUUGACUUUUUCUUGGGAACAAUGAUGAGAGAUUUGAGGAAAAAGAAUGAGAGAAACAUUAUACCAUGCUCUCCUCGAGUUCAACAAAUUGCGAAUGCUGGUAUGAAUGGCGGAUUUACAAGAAAUGCUAGAAUUUGGGAGAUACUUGGACCAUAUGCAACAAAGAGACAGUCAGAGGAUGUUGUAAAGCAGUGGUCUUGUCGUAAAAGACAAUACACAAUGUUGGUAACAGAUGGAUUUGUGACUGAUUAUUUGGAAUCAUAA